AUGAAACUGAUUGAAGAGUGCACCGCCGGCAUAUCCACCGGGGUCGCCGGGAGUCCUGAAGAAAGGGCUGCAGACUUGCUCAAGGUGGAAGUGCUGCGGCUCGAUUGGCAAAGGAUCGCGAGCAUCCAGAAUCUAGACAUAUUCACGCACCUUCGGGAGCUCUACCUUCAACACAACAGGAUCCACGUCAUCGAGGAACUUGAUACACUCCGAAAUCUAGAAUUCCUGGCUCUCGGCUCGAACCGAAUUCGUCGACUGGAGAACCUUCGGCAUCUCCGCAAGGUGCUAGACUUGUCCGCCAACGUUAUCGAAGACUUCGACACGCAAGAGCUACCGCCUGCGCUCGUCAUUCUUAACCUGUCGAGCAAUCCGUGCUGCCUUGAUCCCGAUUUCCGGCAAAGGGUCAUUUCGUGUCUUCCAGGUCUCAUGGCCCUGGACGAGGUGCCACUAGUGCGGUCUUCGCGAGCUGCCGGGGUAGAAGAAUGUAAGGGGACGAUAGAGGAUAGUCAGCUGCCCCUCGAAGACGAGAGAGAGGACGAUAACGGUGGCGUGGUGACCCUCCACGUUACCGUGCACUCGGACGGCCAAUCGCACAAUGUUCCAUUUCACUUCUGUCCAACAGAAAAUACGGCACAGCAACUACAGCAAGCAUCACGCUUUUGUACCGAAAACGGCUUACACGGCGAUGACGACAAGAGGAACUUGGCAGACCAAAUGGAGGAGGCCAUCGCCGGGCUAAAGGCUCGCCACACUUCCACAGGACGCGGUAUCUCCGACAGUGAACGGGCUUCCGAGGAGGCCAACCGCAAGGGCCCCGACCGCACCGAUCGUCAUGAAACGGAUGCCAGGCUGGAUGCGAUUGUCCGUCUCCAGAAAGCGCGUGCUCGUGUGAUGGAGGAGUCGACAACGUCUUUCGAGCAGGUUGCUACGAAACACAUGCGUCAUAAUUGCUUGGUGUGUGUGACUAUCUUUCUCGAGCUGAACGAUGUUGUUGCUUUUCUUUUGAUUAUGAAGCACAAGAAGCUUCUUCUGGCUGCUACGCGGAAGCUAGUCGAGCGGAAGACGGCUGCAGCACACAGCCGCUCCAACGCGUUGGAGGAAGACAUAACCAAGAUUCUGGAAGACGCACGUACAGAGCUGCAGCUUCGUCGAGCAAGGGUAUCAGCAGAAAACAUGCGAUUUGCGACGGACAUGAAGGAGAAGGUUGAGAGGGUGUUAGCUGACAGACGCCAAGAAUUUCAAUCGCUCAUGGGAGUGCGAGCGGUCGCUAUAUCUCCGAAAUAA